GUCAUCGAAACCGGAACAGGGAAUCUCAAACCCGAAAAGAGCGCCUGGAUUUAAAGUAGAGACGUUAACCCGAGGAUAAUCCUUGACGCCACGACCAUGAGUUUCUGUCCAAGUCCACCUGAUGCCCUCAUUGGCAACAUCAUCCAGCAGCAGAGGGACCGCUGGGAGAGGAAACGGAGCCGGGUAGCCAGAGAAUUGGUGCUGUCGGAGCAGCGGUACUGCCAACAGCUGGAACUAGUCACCACUUACUUUGUGGAGAUUUUGAAGGCCAAAGGAACCCUGAGGCAGGACAUUAGAGAAAGCAUCUUCAGUUCAAUUAAAGCCAUUCACUCAGUAAACCAAUCUUUGCUAGUCCACCUGGAAAACGGCAACUUUGCAAGGGGCUUUGAAGAGUUUUGCACUCAACUGCAUCACUACAACAUCUUCGUGGACAACAUUUACGAUGCCCAAAAAGUGCUUUGGAUGCAGCUGAAGAAAAACAAGGCCUUCAGACGGUUUAAGAAACUUCAGGAAGGCCGACCGGAGUUCAACAACCGCAAGCUGGAGGACUUGCUUCAACUUCCUAUCGAGCGGAUUGAUCAGUAUAAACGUUUACUGCAAGAGAUGACUGCAAAUACGAUUCCAGAUAACCCUGAGUUCCAACAGCUUUCACGGGUGGUGUCUGCGGUGGAUGAGCUGCACCAACGUAUCCAGAACAAUACCCGGCGCCACGAGAACCACCUGCAGCUGUGCCGAGUGCGGAAACUGCUGAAGGGGCGAAAGACGAAGGUGUUGGCUGCAGGAAGGUGGUACAUCCGUGAAGGCUGGCUGAAGGUGGUCCCGUCCAAAGGAUCGGGGGUCAAACCCAGGAUGUUUUUCCUGUUUUCCGACAUUCUUCUGCAGGCUAAGCGCUGUAGCUACCUGCAUCCCACUGACAGCGAGAAGUUUGCCGGGCAGCAAGCGUAUCCGCUGGAAGAGUGCGUCGUGAAAAAGAUUUUCGGCGACACCACGGGGAAAGGAGGCCUGCUAAGCCUGACUUUUCCUAAAGCCAAACUCCUGCUCAUGUCAAACAACGUGGAGGAUUUUAAUGAUUGGUACCAAAGCUUGUCCUCAGCAGUUAGGAAGCUGCAGUCCAAGUCGACGGUUGUCCUUCAGCGAGAGGAUUUGAACCAGGAACCUCUCGGCUCGGCCGCUGAGGGACGCAAUUUACAAAGCGGCAAUGCCAAUAGGAAGAGGAAUGUGGUGAGCAACGAGCCUGGUGAGCUUGCUCAAAAAGCGUCCGUGAGUGGGAGAGCAGCGCCCCCAACGGAUGAAACAGUCCACUACAGAGCAAAGCUCAGUGUCCACGUCAAGCUGCGUUCUCCUCUGAGAGAUUUCUUUCCUAAAUGCAGAAAAUAUUCGACGUGACAACACCGGUGACGGUCUGAGAGUUUCACUUCAGACUUCUCCACUCACUCCAAGGACUCUUCAUUAUUUGACUCAUUACGACUUUUCCUUUUCUUGUGCAAUACAGACUAUUUUAUUACUGCCUAUAUACCAAAAAUGUGAUAUUAACGUUGCUGCUUUUGUCACUCGCUUGAUUUUAAAAGGAAGCAAUUGGGUCAAUUGCAUUCCAUUGUGUGUGUGUGUGUGAUAUUGGCACAUUUACACCCAAAGCCAGUUUUGUUUAUCUAUAUUAUCCUUUUAUGAUUUUAUAUAUAAGUGUGCAUUCUAUUCUAUCCUUUUAUUAGCAAAUAUGCACUUCUGUUUGAUUCGGAAAAUGACUGAUAUAAUUUGGGAGAUUUUAAGAUGAAUCGAUUCAUAUCGUAGCGAUCCUAAUACUAUUACGAUUGUAAUGACGAUCACAAAUCACAUCUCGCAAUGGAAAUCAUUUGCCAAUAAAACUCCAAUAACAGA